AUGAAGACCACUUAUUCACUGAAUGGCCUCAGGCGUUGGUCGUGCAAGAGCAAGGAACUGCCUCCUGUGCCCACAAUCAAGUCUAUUCACGUUUACGACUUCGACAACACUCUAUUCAACAGUCCCUUGCCAAACCCCCAGAUAUGGGCACUGCCUACUGUGGGCCUACUACAAACAUACGACACGCUCGCAUACGGAGGAUGGUGGCAUGACAACAGCAUCCUGGCCGCCACGGGAGACGGUCUGGAGGCCGAAGAACCCCGCGCAUGGGAAGGUCAUUGGAACGAGACGGUGGUCCAGCUCGUGGAGCUGAGCAGCCAAACCAAGGAUGUCCUCACGGUCUUGCUGACCGGGAGGGGAGAGACGUAUUUCGCGGAUCUGGUCAACAGGAUCUUGAACUCACGGAAACUCGACUUUGACCUGGUCGUCCUCAAGCCGGAGGUGGGCCCCUCGGGCCAGCAAUUCGAGAGUACCAUGGGAUUCAAGCAGGAGUUCCUCAAAGAACUCAUCUUCAGCUACAAGAAUGCGGAGGAAAUCAGGAUCUAUGAGGAUCGCCCCAAGCACGUCAAAGGAUUUAGGGACUACUUUGAGCGCUUGAACAAAUCAUUCCUGUCGCAUCCCGUGGACCAACCGCCGCCACCUCGGAAGCCGAUCACCGCGGAAGUGGUCCACGUCUGUGACCUGAAGACGACUUUGAAUCCUGAGACCGAAGUCGAGGUCGUCCAGCGAGCCGUCACCCGCCACAACGACGCCAUCACCAACGGGGGUCCCACUCUGACAAAGACGGUCCGCAAGCACCUGAGGAUCGAUCAGCAAUUCUGCUACUUUGGCUACAUGAUCAAUCAAACCGACUCUGCCCGCCUCCUGACAUUGUUUAACAUCGCUGCGGGCAUGAUUGACUCCGGUGAAGUCCGCCUUUUUGCGUCGAGUAUCCUCAUCACGCCCUACUACCCUCGGAAUGAUAUUCUCAAGAAGGUGGGCGGACGCGGGAAGAAAGUCACUUGGCAGGUUACUGGCGUGGCCAAAUAUGAAGACCGUAUCUGGGCUGCCCGUGUGGCUCCAGUCACAGACACUCAAAUUUACACGCAAGAUCCCACACCUCUUGUGGUCCUUGCCGUCCGAAAGGGGUCCCGGCAGAUCGAUGCAGCGAGAAUACAGACCUGGCAGUCAGUCCCUCCGGACAAAGCUUUCAUGUUCGAAACGACGGUCGCCGACAAGGUCAUGUUGAAGAUUGAAGACGACGCCCCCCGAACUCAGCGCUGGCCAGGAGGCAACCGGAGGGGAUACUUUACCAAUGAUGUGGAAGCAGGACACAAGCGGAAACAUGCUGCGGACGAUUUCAACUCGCGGAACAGAGAUUCCUAUGCUCGCGUGGCGCCGGGAAGCGACAGAGAUGACGGUGGCUAUGGUUCCCGGGGAGGGCGGUUUGCACAGCGCAACCAACAAAGCAAGGCCAACUUCAACAACCGCAACAACCCCAACUUGUCUGGGGGUAAGGGAAAUAAUCAAGCAAUGAACACCAAUCCGAAACCACGCGGUGGUGGCCAAGGAGGCGGAGGCCCCAAUAGAGGCAGAAACGGCGGUCCUGCCGGUGGAGGUGGCAGCCGAGGAGCCCCGGCGUACCGGAGCCUCGACGAUUUUCCACCAGGAAACUUUGAUGGUGCCAAUGAUCCGAAGACUGGGUCAGGCGAGAUGGUCAUGAACUACUAA